GAUUAUUCAAAAAAAAAAUUAGCCCCGCCUUCUUUAUAUGACCGUUGGGAAAUUUUUUUUUCCUUUUGCCAUUGAUGGCCAAUGGAAUAAGGCGCCAAAAAUGAUUGGCUAUUUUAGCAACAGAUGAGCUAUGUGUGUGUGUUUUGUGUUUGUGUCUCGUGAUUGAACUUUCACUUUGUUUUUUUUUGUAACCAAAGAUUAUUUUAUAUGUGUGCAUGUGAUAUUUGUUGACAUAUUUUUUUUGUUGAUAAUUUCCCAAAAUAAAAAAAAAAUGACAGAUAGAUUUUGUAAAUAUCAUUCAGCUACUAUACCGAUACCGGAACCACCAAGAAUUGUUCCAAUACAACCAUGGAUACAAGAUGAUUCAAUUGAUUUGAAUAAAAAUCAUCUAACAACAACAAUUCAUCCAAAUAAAGAUACUAUAAAACAAUUCAGGAGAAAAUUUGGUAUCAUAACUGGUGAUCAAAUUGAUCCUGAAGAUUCAUUAAUCGAAGAUAUUAAACUGAUUGAUUUGAAUAAUGAUGAUGUUGAAAUGAAAAAAUCAGCGACGAAUAAGCGUUGUGAUCAUAAUCUUCAAAAUCAAUUGCAAAGAAUGCAGAACGAUAUUCGAAAUCAAUUGACAAAAUUACAUGAAAAAUCGAAUGAUUCGAAUCGAUCAACAUCAGACAAUUUGGAAAAUAAUUGUCUAAUAUCAACGACGCCUAAACAAUUAUUCGAAUGUAUACGAAAACAAGAUGAAAGAUUAGAUUUAAUAAAUAAAAAAAUCGAUCAAUUAAUACGAUUACAGCAAUCAUCAACAAUCAAACAACAAAUUGAACAAUCCAUAUGUACAACAACAAUACAACAAAAAUCAAAUCAUCAUAAUUGUAUGAAGAAAAAAUCACUUUCAUCCGAAGAAUCACCAUGUUCAUCCUCAUCAAUAAAUUCAUCAUCAACACAAAGUUAUCUUGAUUCAAGUAUUGAAAAAGUACGAAAAGAUCUACAUGAUAGUAUACGAUUAAAACGUAAUCAACAACAAACUAAAGUAAAACAAUUUCUUCAAAGUCCAAUAAAAUCAAACAAACUACAACAGAUACUUAAUGAUCCACCUGAAAAUGAAAAUGAAUUCUAUACAACAAUAUUAUCGGAAGUUAAUUCGAUUUUAGUUCGAAAUGGAUCUGUUUCAACAAGUACACCUUUGUCAAAAUCAAAACCAAGACAUCCACGACAAUUAUUACGAACAGAGCAAUCUAUUUAUAUUCAACGAUUAGCAUCAAAAUAUUGUAUGGAUGAUAAUGAUAAUGAUAAUUAUGAUGAUGGGGAAAAUGAUUUGAACAAAAUUGAUAAUCAUUAUCCAACUAAGAAGACUAAUGAUCAAAUAAUUUUAGAAUCAAUACGAAUGACUACUGGUGGAUCAGCAAUGAAAAAAGUACAAAUGACGAAAAAUAAACAACAACAAUCAUCACCAAAGAUAAAUUAUCAAAAAUUUCAAACCAAUUAUGAUCGUUAUGCUUUAUCCGAUCAUAAUAGUUCAAUUGCAACACGUAAUUAUAUGGAUAAAUAUGGUCUACAUAUUGAAACGAAAAAGAAAACGAAUAAUAAUCCUAAACAUCAUCGUUAUAAGCCUAUUAUUCAAUCGAAUUUGAUUGAAAAUAUUGCCAAUAAUGAUAAUGAUAAUGAUGAUGAUGAUGAAGAAAAUUAUCAUGAUGCUAAAGCUAAUAUGGAAACAGAUAAUCAUCUACCACCGCCACCGCCAAGAGAUCGUCUAAUCGAUUUAGAUUUGGUAAAAAAAUUACCCAAAUUAAGAUGACCCAGAUUUUAUUCAAAAAAAAAAAAAUUUUUUAUUUAAUUUAUUUAUCAAUUAAUUGUU